CGCUGCAGCAGCUGGAAGAUCAGGAUGGCAGUAUUAGAUAAACUGAAAUUCCUGCAUCAGCUUCCACUGCUGCUUAAAGGGACCUCUGAUGAUGACACUCCCUGCCCUGGAUAUAUCUAUGAAGAGAUUGCUAAGAUCUCUUAUGAGUCUCCUGGGAAUUGUCUCUGCCUCUUGGAACAUCUGCUGCAUCGGCUGCAGAACAAAUCCUGUCACGUGAAGCUAAAGGUUCUGAAGAUAUUCCUGUCUUUAGGCUCACAUGGGUCUCCCAUAUUUGUUCAGCAUCUCAGACAUAAUGCUUCAUUCAUCCAAGAAGCUGCUGAUGUCAAUGGGCCUUUUGAUCCUAUACACGAUAGCGGUUUGUACCAGAAGAUACGAGCUACAGCAAAGGAUCUGUUGGGGAGCUUGUUCUCAGACACCACCUCCCAAACUACACCGUUGGUAUUAUCAAAAGAAAGAUCACAGACAGGAAUGGGAUCUCAGGCCACCCACCCUCAGGCUCUUCAAGGCUUUGGAUACACACAAGAAGGUAGCAUUGUGGGGACUUCAGGGGAAACAUUUCUUAAUGGAAUACAGCGAGCUGCAGCAGCAGUGACUCAUGCUGUCUUGCCUGGAGCUGCGUCACUUUCUACCUGCCGCAGAGAUGAGGUGGUGGACACAUACAGACCAGUGACCAUACCUUCCAGUGAUAACCGUCAUCACACAGGGAAACUUCUGCAUGACUCUGCACAGAGUGUGCGAGUCAGUCACCAUUCUGGAGUGCCUGGGGGAGGAUGGGAUGAGAGUGACAGUGGACACAGCUCCCAUGAUUCUUCUCAGGAUAAGUCCACCCACAGCCGAUGUUCUGAUGCUGCUAGCAAAUCUGGCAGUGAUGGCCAAUCACGGAGCACCAAUAGAGAGAACUCUGACAUGACAGAAAGGGUAGAAUCCACUCAUCCUGGAGACUGCCAGCAGGAGGCGCAGCUGGUAUGGGCUGUGACAAGAGGAUGCCGGGUGUUUCUCACACGAGAGGAAGUGCAGCAUUUUGUUAGAGGAUGUUCAGUGCUUAACUGUGAAGUGGUGUUUGAAAUGUUAAACUACUCUCUCAUGAAUGAGGAUUCUUGUAUAAAGAUGCGCUCUAUGUGUGCCAUUGCUGCACUCAUGACCUCUGAUCUUCUGUCACAUGACCAUAUGCUGGGGGUUGUCCAAAGGAAUCUGCAGAUGCUGAGCGAAGGGUCUCCUGGGCCAGUAACAAACAAAGCUACAAAAAUUUUACGUCAAUUUGAAGCACUUACCCAGAAUUCUGUAGGUCAAGGAGCUCUACGACCCAAGACAGUGCAGUACAGUGUUGAGCCCCCCCCUCUAGAUCUACUAAGUGAUGUCCUUCCACCCCCUGAGGAAGGGAGAAUGCUGACACCUGUGAGUUUGCCCUCUUCACCUACAUUGGUAACAAACACCCAAAGUCUUACUGACUGUUGUUCAAGUGUUAAUAAAGCUGCAAGCAAUGGGAAUAAAAGUUGGGACACUGCAAAAUUGGACUCGGAAAGAGAGAUUGAGGUUGCAGACUGCGCAGAGUCAUCAGAUCAAAGAAGUCAUGGUGUUGUAUCAUUGUUUGAUGGCAUGGAGCUGUUGCCUUUGGUCCGAAGCAGUGACCGAGGGGACGGUAUUGAGGGUCCAACCAUAGAGCAGCCCAGAACACACACUGAAAAUUCAGAUCCUGCGUUACCAAAGCCAGGCCUAACUUCUGUCUUCUCCUUUCUAAACUCUACAUGAACUUUACUUGUUAUAUGACGGGAGUAAGUAUAAGUACAUUGGAUUCCGUUUAAAAGGACAAGAAAAAUAUAUUUUUAUAUUAUAUAUUUUUUUUCUCUGUAAGUCAUGAGCCUACUUUGUAACUCAUCAAGUGGUAAAAUUAUUGGUUUUACAUGCUUUAAA